UGCCCUAUUUAGGCUAGUUAUGAAAUAAUUAAUGGCAUGACAUGUAAAUAAUAACAAAAUUAAGGGUGUUUGGUUUUCCAAUGUUUGUCGAUUAGGCUGAAAGCGAGAAAUCAAAGUGAAGGCAGCGUCUAUCUUGGUCGUCGGAAUCCAUGGCUUCUCUUCUCAGGCCAACUCCAUUACUCUCUACACCUCGUAAGCUCACUCACUCUCAUCUUCACACAUCUAUCUCUUUCCCAUUCCAAAUCUCAACUCAGAGAAAGCCACAAAAGCAUCUUCUCAAUCUAUGUCGUUCGACACCAACACCGUCACAACAAAAGGCCUCACAGAGGAAGAGAACAAGGUACAGGAAACAAUACCCAGGAGAAAACAUUGGUAUAACUGAGGAAAUGAGAUUCGUCGCCAUGAGAUUACGCAAUGUUAAUGGUAAAAAAUUAGAUCUUUCUGAAGAUAAAACUGACACCGAGAAGGAAGAAGAAGAAGAAGAAGAAGACGAUGAUGAUGAUGAUGAAGUAAAGGAAGAGACUUGGAAGCCUAGCAAAGAAGGGUUUCUUAAGUACUUAGUUGAUAGCAAGCUUGUCUUCGAUACUAUUGAACGAAUUGUUGACGAAUCUGAGAAUGUGUCUUAUGCUUACUUUAGGAGAACAGGAUUAGAGAGAUGUGAAAGUAUUGAGAAGGAUCUACAAUGGUUAAGAGAACAAGAUUUGGUUAUACCAGAACCAAGUAAUGUAGGAGUUUCUUAUGCAAAGUAUUUGGAAGAACAAGCAGGAGAAAGUGCUCCUUUGUUUCUUUCUCAUUUCUACAGUAUCUACUUUUCACAUAUUGCUGGUGGUCAAGUUCUUGUAAGACAGGUAUCUGAGAAACUUCUGGAAGGAAAGGAGCUGGAGUUCAAUAGGUGGGAAGGGGAUGCACAAGACUUGCUUAAAGGCGUCCGUGAGAAGCUUAACGUGCUUGGGGAGGUCAGAUUGUCAAUGAAAAUUAUAACUCUUCAUUCCACCAGUUGCUAAAAUCUGAUGUUUUGGUGAUGCUUUUGGGAAAUGAAGCACUGGAGUCGGGACGAGAAGAACAAAUGCUUGAAGGAAACGGCAAAGGCAUUUAAGUAUAUGGGGCAGAUAGUUCGCUUGAUCAUCUUGUAAAUAUCUAGGUUUUAAAGUUAACAGUUUCCGGCACCAGACCUGUGUUCACUACGAUUGCAUUGCUCCAAUAUGCAUACCGCAAGCAUUGUGGUCUCGCUAAUUCAGGGCAGUGCUGGAAAUGAAGCUGAUGACCACCAGCCAGCCUACAUGGCUGGAAGAGUAACUUUCUGUUAUUUGUUGGCUUAAGUCAGCAGUAAAGAUAAGUCACCAAAUUACUUAUUGAAAAAUGUAGCCAAAGGUUGUGGCCUUCGUCUCAUGAUUGUUUGAUAAGAUAUUGUUGUUCCUCAGUUAUAUAUAUUUGAAUUUUGGUGAUUUGCACACUAAUCAUUGCUUCUAAUUAUCUGAAUAAAAAGAUCAAAUAUGAC